AUGGGACCACCAGGAAAUCUUUUCCCCUCUAGGCAUGCCUAUAUCAGCAGUCUGUCUGCCUUUGCUGGAACCAGAAUAGAAACGGUGCUUUUCCUCCUGGUAUGGAUUUGUGGUGUUGCCAACUCAGCUCCCAUCAGACUCGUAGAUGGCCCCAACCGCUGUGCGGGGCGGCUUGAGGUGCUUUGGAAACAGCAGUGGGGAACAGUGUGUGAUGAUAGGUGGGACCUAUCUGAUGCCAUGGUCGUAUGCAGGCAGCUGGACUGUGGGAAACCACUGUCUGCUCCUGGCUCGGCUCAUUUUGGUGAAGGAACUGGUCCUAUCUGGCUGGAUGACAUGGAAUGCAAUGGUACAGAAGUUGACCUUUCUGCAUGCAGGACCAGACCUUGGGGGGAGCAUAACUGCAAUCAUGGAGAAGAUGCAAGUGUUGUGUGCUCAGGAAAUAGUGAAGCUGUUCAGCUGCGAUUAGUGAAUGGUACAAAUCACUGCUCUGGGAGAGUGGAGGUGUUUUAUGCCCACAAAUGGGGAACGGUCUGUGACGACAACUGGGAUCUAAUUGAUGCUGAAGUUGUGUGCCGUCAGCUGGGCUGUGGGACAGCCCUAUCUGCUGCUUCCUCAGCUUAUUUUGGCAGAGGAUCUGACCCCAUUUGGCUUGAUGAUGUUAUGUGUAAAGGAACUGAAGCUGCCCUGUCUGAAUGCACUGCAAAACCUUGGGGAAAACAUGACUGUGGGCAUGGAGAAGAUGCUGGUGUUGUAUGCUCAGGUUUUGCAAUACCAGCCCCGCUCCGAUUAGUGGAUGGAUCAACCCAAUGCUCUGGGAGAAUCGAGGUGUUCUAUGGCCAGCGCUGGGGAACUGUGUGUGAUGAUGGCUGGGAUUUGGCUGAUGCAGAAGUUGUGUGCAGACAGCUGGGCUGUGGGAAGGCCUUGUCAGCUCCUCAUGGGGCUCACUUUGGGCAAGGAUCUGAUCAAAUCUGGCUUGAUGAUGUCAGCUGCAUAGGGACUGAAGCUGCCCUCACCACAUGCAAAGCCAGUCCCUGGGGAAGCCAUAACUGUGACCAUGGAGAAGAUGCUGGCGUGGUGUGUGCAGGAUUUGCUGAGCUUCUUCCAGUCCGGCUGGUGAAUGGUUCAAGUAACUGCUCUGGAAGAGUUGAGGUGUUUCGUGAGCAGCAAUGGGGAACCAUCUGUGACGACAGCUGGGAUUUAACAGAUGCUCAAGUGGUGUGCAGGCAGCUGGGCUGUGGGGCAGCAGUAUCAGCACCUGGCUCUGCUCGGUUUGGACAAGGAACUGGACAAAUUUGGUUGGAUGACGUGAACUGUGCAGGAUCUGAAACUGCCCUUGCUGAGUGCCGAGCCAAGCCUUGGGGAGACCACAACUGUAACCACGGAGAGGAUGCUGGUGUGGUGUGCUCAGGUACUGCUGAAGCAGCUCCCAUCCGUCUUGUGAACGGUCCGAGUCAUUGUGCUGGGAGAGUCGAGGUGUUUCAUGACCAACAGUGGGGAACCGUGUGUGAUGAUGGCUGGGAUAAAGCAGAAGCCAAUGUUGUGUGCAGGCAGCUGGGCUGUGGGGCAGCAAUAUCAGCCCCUGGCUCAGCUCGCUUUGGACAAGGCUCUGACCCCAUCUGGCUGGAUGAUGUCAGUUGUGUAGGGACAGAGGCUGCCCUCUCACAGUGCCGGUUGCAGGCCUGGGGAUCCCAUAACUGCAAACACGGAGAAGAUGCUGGUGUGGUGUGCACAGAUAUACCAAGAGAAGCUCCACUGAGGUUAACAAAUGGGCCAAACCGCUGCAGUGGGCGAGUUGAAGUUUUUUAUGGCCAUCAGUGGGGCACCGUGUGUGAUGACAGCUGGGACAUAAGCGAUGCUGAAGUUGUUUGCCGGCAGCUGGGCUGUGGGAGGGCUCUGUCCACGGCAACUUCGGCUUCUUUUGGAGAAGGGUCUGGCCCUAUCUGGCUGGAUGAUGUGAAUUGCACAGGAGCUGAAACUGCCCUUUCCAAAUGUGAAACCAGUCUGUGGGGAGCCCACAACUGUGAGCAUAGAGAAGAUGCUGGUGUCCUGUGCUUGGGUGUUCCAGAACCAGCUCCCAUCCGGCUGGUCAACGGUUCAGAUUUCUGCUCUGGGAGAGUUGAGGUGUUUCAUGAGCAGCAAUGGGGAAGCGUGUGUGACGACAGCUGGGAUUUAACAGAUGCCCAAGUGGUGUGCAGGCAGCUGGGCUGUGGGACAGCAAUGUCAGCGCCUGACUAUGCUCAUUUUGGACAAGGAACUGGACAAAUUUGGUUGGAUGACAUGAACUGUGCAGGAUCUGAAACUGCCCUUGCUGAGUGCCGAGUCAGGCCUUGGGGAGAGCACAACUGUAACCAUGGAGAGGAUGCUGGUGUUGUGUGCUCAGGUAUUACAGAACCAGCUCCCAUCCGGCUCGUGAACGGUCCGAGUCAUUGUGCUGGGAGAGUCGAGGUGUUUCAUGACCAACAGUGGGGAACCGUGUGUGAUGAUGGCUGGGAUAAAGCAGAAGCCAAUGUUGUGUGCAGGCAGCUGGGCUGUGGGGCAGCGAUAUCAGCCCCUGGCUCAGCUCGCUUUGGACAAGGCUCUGACCCCAUCUGGCUGGAUGAUGUCAGUUGUGCAGGGACAGAGGCUGCCCUCUCGCAGUGCCGGUUCCGGGCCUGGGGAUCCCAUAACUGCAAUCAUGGAGAAGAUGCUGGUGUGGUGUGCUCAGGUAACUCCUCUCCUCUCCGGCUGGUGAACGGCCCUAGUCGUUGUGCUGGGAGAGUCGAGGUGCUUCACGGCCAGCAGUGGGGAACAGUGUGCGAUGACAACUGGGACCUGAGCGAUGCUGCGGUUGUGUGCCAGCAGCUGGGCUGCGGAACAGCCGUGUCAGCCCCCGGAUCCGCUUAUUUUGGGCAAGGCUUUGGCCGUAUCUGGCUGGAUGAUGUGAAAUGCUCCAGCAGGGAAUCAGCGCUCUCCAAAUGUGCAGCAAGGCCUUGGGGAGUCCAUAACUGCAACCAUGAAGAAGAUGCAGGCGUCGUCUGCUCUGGUAACAUACUUGAUGUUCGCCUGGUGGAUGGUCCAAACAGAUGCGCUGGAAGAGUCGAGGUGCUUCACAAUGAUGUCUGGGGGACUGUUUGUGAUGAAGGUUGGGAUUUACGGGAGGCCAGGGUGGUGUGCAGGCAGCUGGGCUGUGGGACAGCAUUAUCAUCCCCCAAGAAGUCAAAAUAUGGAGAAGGGAAGGGCCAGAUCUGGCUGAGUGAUUUGGACUGCAAAGGGACAGAAGGGUCCCUCUCCAAAUGCAAGUCAAAGGCAUGGGGAGAGAACGUCUGCAACCACGUGGAAGAUGCCAGUGUGGAGUGCUCAGAAACAGAAAUACCUGAGCCAGGGCCACUUCGUCUGGUGGGAGGCCCAAACCGAUGUGCUGGAAGAGUUGAGGUUCUUCAUGAAGAGCAGUGGGGCAGCGUGUGCCAUGAUGAAUGGGAUAUCAGUGAUGCUCAAGUUGUGUGCAAGCAGCUGGGUUGUGGGGAUGCAGUGCUGGCCCCAAUUGCAGCAAAGUUUGGGCGAGGAACUGACACCAUCUGGCUGGAUGAUGUGAACUGCACAGGGUUGGAAGCAUCUCUCUCUGAAUGCCAGGCAAGGCCGUGGGGGGACCACAAUUGUUACCAUGGGGAAGAUGCCAGUGCAAUUUGUUCAGAUUCAGGGAUCACCAUCUCCACUUCAGUUCGCCUGGUGGGAGGCCCAAACCGCUGCUCUGGGAGAGUUGAGGUGCUUCACAACAAUGUCUGGGGGACCGUGUGUGAUGACAACUGGGAUUUACGGGAGGCAAAAGUGGUGUGCAAACAGCUGGGCUGUGGGACAGCCCUAUCAGCCCUGCCGGAGUCAAAAUACGGAGAAGGAAAAGGCCAAAUCUGGCUGAGUGAUGUGAACUGCACAGGGACAGAAGGAUCUCUCACUGAGUGUGAAGCAAAGCCCUGGGGAGAGAAUGUCUGCAAUCAUGUGGAAGAUGCCAGUGUGGAGUGCUCAGAGACAGAUAUUUCUGAGAUUGGACCAGUUCGGCUUGUGGAUGGCCCAAACAAAUGUGCUGGAAGAGUUGAGGUUUUACACGAGAAUCGUUGGGGUAGUGUGUGUGAUGACCACUGGGACAUGAAGGACGCCAAGGUGAUUUGCAAGCAGGUGGGCUGUGGGUCACCACUCUCAGCCUUGGGAGGUGCUCGCUAUGGCCGAGGGCCAGAUGUCAUCUGGCUGGAUGAUGUGAAUUGCGAAGGGACAGAAGAAAGCAUCUCUGACUGUAAGGCAAGGCCAUGGGGUGAACACGACUGCUAUCACGGAGAGGACGCUUCUGUUUUCUGCACAGUUAACAAGAAUCUGGAGGAGACAGAAACAUCGUGAAUGCCACACUGUCCCCAUCAGACUGUGCUCACCUUGUCACGUGAGGUGGGCCAGCAAAGUUCAGUUGAGAAGAAUGGCAGAGAUGUUACAGAAACUUUCAUCUGCCACAAUGGAACUCAGGGAAUGACAAAACCAUUCCCUCACCCUUUGAAUGAUCAGCAAGCUCAGUUGUAACUCCACCGAUGGAAAAGAUGGCAUUCCCACAAAAAGCAAAUAUCACAAAGUAUCAAUAAACUUCCCCUAAAUCUGA